AUGCCCGCCUCCUGCCCGGGCGGCUGGCCGCGGCGGGCACCGGGAAAUGCCCGCCUCCUGCCCGGGCGGCUGGCCGCGGCGGGCACCGGGAGAUGCCCGCCUCCUGCCCGGGCGGCCGGCCGCGGCGGGCACCGGGAAAUGCCCGCCUCCUGCCCGGGCGGCUGGCUGCGGCGGGCACCGGGAGAUGCCCGCCUCCUGCCCGGGCGGCUGGCCGCGGCGGGCACCGGGAGAUGCCCGCCUCCUGCCCGGGCGGCUGGCUGCGGCGGGCACCGGGAGAUGCCCGCCUCCUGCCCGGGCGGCCGGCCGCGGCGGGCACCGGGAGAUGCCCGCCUCCUGCCCGGGCGGCUGGCCGCGGCGGGCACCGGGAAAUGCCCGCCUCCUGCCCGGGCGGCUGGCUGCGGCGGGCACCGGGAGAUGCCCGCCUCCUGCCCGGGCGGCUGGCCGCGGCGGGCACCGGGAGAUGCCCGCCUCCUGCCCGGGCGGCUGGCUGCGGCGGGCACCGGGAAAUGCCCGCCUCCUGCCCGGGCGGCUGUCCGCGGCGGGCACCGGGAGAUGCCCGCCUCCUGCCCGGGCAACUGGCCGCGGCGGGCACCGGGAGAUGCCCGCCUCCUGCCCGGGCGGCUGGCUGCGGCGGGCACCGGGAGAUGCCCGCCUCCUGCCCGGGCGGCCGGCCGCGGCGGGCACCGGGAGAUGCCCGCCUCCUGCCCGGGCGGCCGGCCGCGGCGGGCACCGGGAGAUGCCCGCCUCCUGCCCGGGCGGCUGGCCGCGGCGGGCACCGGGAGAUGCCCGCCUCCUGCCCGGGCGGCUGGCCGCGGCGGGCACCGGCAAGGCCUCAGGCGGGGCCUGGCACAGGCCCUGCAGCGCCAGCCAGUGGCGGCGGCGGGCCGCGGGCCUUCCGCUGCAGCACGGCUCCGGGCCUGCCGCUCCCCUGACCGCUCCAGCUGGUCCCCGCUUCAGAAAUCGUGGUUUGGUGUGGGGUUGUAG